UGAAGCACCCUGAGAUAUCAGACAAGUGGCUGCGUUGCGAAUUUGAAGGAUGAUCUAGAAUCGUCCAGUUGACUUUAUUUUGUGGAUUGCUUUUGGAAUUUUAUGCCAUUACUACUAAUAUAAUAUUUCACACAUAUAACCACUUGAUUUUGAACGUCAUAUAAUGAAUCCUUUAUCUCAUCAGCACAGUAGUGUAGCUAGUAUCGGUAGUCUUUUGGGUAAUUUACCUUUACAUGGUGACUCAAAUUUGACGCAAAAAACUCCACAACUCAUCCCUGGGAAUUCAGUCAAUCUCAGUUUACAUGGCUCUGAUAACCCAAUCAGUAUUCCUGGUCGUACACCGUGUACACCAAUAAAUUUAUCCACACCAUUACAAGACAGAGAUGGUGCGAUUCCAGUACCCCAGCUACAGAAUAUUGUGUGCACUGUUUAUUUGGGGUGUAAGUUAAACCUGAAGAAUAUUGCACUCAGUGCUAGAAAUGCUGAAUACAAUCCAAAGCGUUUUGCUGCUGUUAUAAUGCGUAUUCGUGAGCCACGAACAACUGCUCUGAUUUUCUCCUCUGGUAAAAUGGUUUGUACAGGAGCAAAAAGUGAAGAACAAGCAAGGCUGGCAGCUAGAAAAUAUGCUCGUAUUAUUCAAAGACUUGGAUUCGAGGCUCAUUUCAAAGAAUUUAAAAUUCAAAAUAUGGUUGGUUCAUGUGAUGUACGCUUUCAUAUUCGUCUUGAAGGUUUAGUAUUAUCACAAGGACAGUUUGCAACCUAUGAACCAGAACUAUUCCCUGGUCUAAUUUAUCGGAUGACUAAACCGAAAAUUGUCCUACUUGUCUUUGUCUCUGGAAAGAUUGUCUUAACAGGUGCAAAAGUUCGUGAAGAAAUUUACGAAGCCUUCAACAAUAUCUAUCCUAUAUUGAAAAAUUUCAAGAAAUCUGAUAAAGAUCCUAGAACUAUUACCUCAUCAAAUUAUAUGCAUCCAUUAACUUGAACGUCUUAAAAAUAAAAAAAAAGAAUUUAACUUUACCAAAAAAGAAAGAUUAUUUUUUCAUCCGACUCCCAACCCCCACCCCCACCCACAACCACGACCACAACCUCCACCAUUUCUUUCUGACAUUAUGUCACAUUACAUCACAUCACGCGAACAUAUAAAUACACCACUCCUCGUUUGUGUUUUUUUUUCUUCUGCGUGGAUUUUAACUUCCCCCGCUAAUUAUUGUUUUUCGACAACAACAACAGCAGCAGCAACAACAACAAUAACAAAACAAAAGAGAAAUAACAAAGUCUAUUUUUCAUCGUCAAUAUACAUCAAUGGACAAUAAAUACACUUUUCCUUAGAGGUGAUUUAAUAUGUGUGUUUGUGCGUGUGUCUAUGUAGGAGAAACACUUUGUAUAUUUUUUUCUAACUAAUAUGGUCCUGCCUUUAUUUGUUUGUAUACUAUUCAAUAUGUAAUUUAAUAUAUGGUUCUCCUUCUUUUUCUCUCCCUUUCUCUCUGUCCCCCAAUCUCUGUCCUUCCACUGUGUUGUUUGUCUACCGAGUAUUCUAUGAAUAUAAAUAGAAUAUUUGAAAAAAAUACAAUCAACAUGCCUUUAUACUCAGUUUAUUGACUAUUGGAC